AUGUUUGGCUUAAUAGAUGCAUCACAAUAAACAAGCUAAGUUAAUAACAAUAGCAGCCUUCCCUACUUACAAAAUGAACAUUUCGAAGUCUUGAUAGGCCAUGGAAUAGCUAGAGUUAAAGUUGUUUAGCACUACUUGAAUUUCAAUCAAAACGAAUAAGCUCAUCUAGAAUUCUACUUCCCUUAAUCUAAAAAUUUAAUACUGGAAUCAUUUUUAGCUGAACUAGAAUAAAGUAAGAGAAAUUUAGAAUCUAGCUUAUCAAGCAACUUGAACGAUAGUUCUGAAUGCAAAAGAGAGGAAUAGAAAAUAGCAGAAAAAAUAGGUAAAAAUAAAUUUCCAAAUGGAAUUUUAGUUGAUGGAUGGGUACGUUUUAAGAUAGCGGUAGUUAAGCCCUAGGAAUCUAUAAUUAUAUCUUUAGUAUAUUCUCAUAAAUUAGCUGUUUCUAGAGAAGGCUAUCACACAUUCUAAUUACCAUAAUAAGCAAUCACAGCCUCCUACCCAAUAAGUGCUAAAAUUCACUUUGAAGAUAGAUAAAAAGAGGAUAGCAUUACUUAUCAUUCCUUAAAUCAUGAAGUCGCUGUUUUCUAAUAGCCAAUACUUCUAGAUAAUGGUGCAGGCUAAGGGCUGCAACAUCUUUCAUUAAGAGCUAACUAUAGUCAUAGCUCUGAUAAACCAUUCAUUAUUAACUUUUUCAACAAAGAUUAUAGCAAUGUUUAAAAAAUUUACCUUAAUAGUUCAUUAUUACCAAGUGAUAAAUAAAGUUAAGACAGUGCUUAUGCUUUAGUCACAAUUGUUCCUUCUCUACUUUCAGGAGUUAGUUGCCUUAGUUAAUUAGAAGAAAAAUUAAAGCAUCCUCACUUCAACAACGAAAAAUUGGAAUGUAUCAUGAAACAUCUUUAAGUUAGCAAGUCUUAAUCAGAAAUAAUUAUAUUACUAGAUAGAAGCAGCUCUAUGGGAAGUUAAAAGUUCUCUCAAGCUAUCGAAGGAAUAAGUCUACUUCUAAGAUCUCUACCAACAAACAGCUAUUUUAACAUAAUAUCUCAAGGUAGUGGAAACAGGUUAGAGAGUGUAUUUGAAUCAUCUGUUAUUUAUUCACAAGAAAAUCUCAGUCAUAGCAUCAACCGCAUUAAUGACUUUUAAAAUAAUUUAGGAACAUCAUUUAACAUAUUAAAUUCAUUAAAACAUAUAGAAGGUUAGAAAUCAAUUGCAAAUUAUGCCCGUUAAAUUGUACUCAUUUCAGAUCCUAGUGAGCUAGAAAACAAAUUGGAAGAAAUUUACUAAUAUUUAGAGACUUCCAAAUUAGGUUCACCUAUCCAUACAGUUAACGUAGAAUCAAGAUAAAGUUCAGAUUCAACCAUCUUUGAAGUUAUCUCUUCAUUGACAGGAGGUAAUUCGAUAAGCAAUAAAUACAAUUCGAAUGAAUCAAUAACAGAUUCUAUCUUAAAAAUGUUACCUACUUUAUUCUAACCUACCCUUUGCAAUUUCGAAUUAGACUCUAAAGCCAGUGAAAAUUUUAUAUCUUAGGUAAUACCAGUCGAGUAGAAUCUUAAAUCAAUUUAAUUUAACGAAUAGAUAUCUCUUGUGUUAGCACUAAAAAACACAUCAAAAGAAUAAAGUCUUCCUCUAUCAUUCAAGUUUUUUAGCUCGGCCUUAAAUAAAGUUGAAGAACAUUAAAUUGAUUUAUUAGGUAGCCAAGUAGAAGGUUCAUCUCACAUUUCAAAUGACCUCAAAAAAAGCUUGUUAAAAUUUUGUGCGCAUUAACACAUCAUCUCAUUGAAAAAUAAAAAUACUGACGAGAUAAAAAGUCUUUCAUUGUAGUAUUCUGUGUUAGCAGAAGACCACACAUUCUGGAUAACAAAGUGUUAUUAACUAUCUGAAAAUGGUUAAGAUAAAAACCUUAUUGCAGGUCAAGAGUAGCUUCCUUCUAUAAGAGAAAAGAGCUGUGAUGAUAGUCAUUUUGUGUAGUAAACCAGAAAAGUUUCAGCAACUAGCAAUCUAAUGUAACUUUAUGAUAAUUAAUCGGGCUAAGAAAACUAAACACCAUCAGAUGGUUAAGAAAGAAGUAAAUCCUAAGACUUAAAUAACCUAAUUGAUGCCAUUUUCACAGGAGAACCUCAAAAAUAACCAGAAUAAGAAUAAGCACAUUCUAAAAAAUCUGGCUCAAUUAGCUCUCAUGGGUAAAAUACUGACCUUCUAGACAUUGGAGAUGAUGUUUCCUAAACAACUAAUCCUUCAUAAGGACAUAUGUCAACUGUGAGCAACACUGCUUAAAAUGGAGAUCCAAAUAGCGAUUUAAAUGAUGAUAUUUUAGAUCUAAUUUAGAAUAAUAAUAACAUAUAGUAAAAUAAUAACUAAAUUUAAUGUAACAAUGGAAAUGCGAUAGACUUGCUUGAUGACUUUUUAAUAGGAGAUUCGCCUUCUCAAAGCCAAUCAAAAUCUGUCUCUCUUCUUGAUAUAUUGCAGAACAUAAAUUAUGAAGGAAUCUUUAACUCAAAUAAAUUUAUUUUGAAUUCUCUAUUGAAUGAAAAUCUUGAUAAAUUUAUAGGAGACAAACCUGAAAAUUUGACUUUGGAUCAAUGGAGUACACUUUUAGUACUAACUUCACUUGAAAAGAACUUCACCCAAGAAGCUUUGAAAUGGGGUGUGCUGGCGAAGAAAGGUAAAGAACAGCUACAAAAAGUAUUAUCAGGAAAUUUAUUUGAUGAGAUUUGCAACAAAUCAAAAAUAUACUUGAAAUGA